UCGAACCCUCAACCUCAUGGUUCCUAGUUGGAUUCAUUUCUGCUGCACCACGACGGGAACUCCUGCACUUUGUUUCUUUAUGGGUUAGAAUCUGCGUCACCUGCUGAGGGUGAGAACAUGAGGGUAGGAGUAGCGGGGAGGAGGACCAGCUGAGUUUGUGGCAUCCUGGGUGUUUUCUUCUGCUGCCUGAGGCUGCCAGGGCCAGAAGAGGGAUGAAGAUCGGAGUGCCCGGGGGGGAAUCGGGCUUGCGUGCUGUGAGAGGCAAAAGUCCAGGGAUGUCAGCAGUGAUAUCAAUCAAGGCUAGAGUGAAGGGAAGGAAAGGAGGAGGGCGAGGGGAGGGCGGAGAGGACCUGGUGCUUGCUGAGCGCAGCCAUGGGGCGGGGAGAAUUGGGCGAGGCGAGGGCACGCCUGACCGGAUCCGCCCUCCAGCUCUGGGGCGUCUGCCAGGCCUUCACGCUCGCUAGUUUCUGAAAUGAAAUGAUUACCUUCCUCAUGGGCUUAAAGGUGCCAACACGUACAAAGGGCUUGGCCCAGGAGACCUUCAAGGUGAACUGAAAACUGCCGAGACCACAGAAGUUGCUAGCACGGCAGCGGCCCCGUCAGGUUCCUUUCUUAUUGGCCUUGGAGCCCCAGGCGCCAGCGUCAUGCCUGGCACACAGAGGACACUGAGCAGAUGUUGAGGAGGCAGGACCCGGUAGCGGUAAAGGCAUGAGCUGUCUGGCCUGCUGGCCGUGCCAUGAAGCCCAGCUCCAUUGCCUCCUCUGGCAGAUGAAGGGAAGGACAGGACCUGCCUCCAAGGUUGGGAGCACUCACUCAGGCUGAGCUGGUGCAGCAGACCCUGCUGGUGGCCCAGCCCCAGCCCCUCAGGGCUCCCUUUCCUUAAGAAGGGAAAGCUGUGGCUGCCAGCACCUGCAGGUCUCUGCCACUGGUCUUCUCUGGUCACCGGCACGUGCUCAGCAUGCAGUCAGACCACAAGUGCUGUGGAGUUAGUACCCCACUGACCUCAAGCACAGGGAUCCAGCUUCGUUGCUUCCCUGGAGGCAUGGCAGGUGUAUUCCUUGCAGCCUCCCAGAGUGGCUCCCAGCUCUGGGACUGAGGGCUCCCAGCUGAGCACAGAGGCAGUCUGCUCAUUGGCACGGUGUGGGCUGCCCUCCCUCGUCUUGUUUCCUCGCCCGCCUGCCUCCUGGGGUCACCUCCCAACCAAAUAUAUGCAUGGGGAUCCCUAUCUCCGGGUCUGUGUCUGGGAAACCCAAUCCAGGAGAGCGUGUCGAGUGCAUGACAGAAGGAAGACACUUGAUAAAUGGGAGCAGAAGGUAUCUUCUAUGAUGUGAUCUCUCCUUGGGGACAGGUCCUGGCAAAGAGGGUACCCAGUACACAGUGCUGAAGUGUCGACACGGACAUGUUCCCUUCUGCAACUCUGUUCUUUGGGCCCUCCUCUUCCUCUUCCUGCUCUCCUUUCUCCCAGUCCUGUGUCGUCUCUCCUGGUCCUCCUUUCCUCCUGUUCUCUCCUUCUUUCUGCUCUCAAGGUGGAAGGAUGCUCUGUGUCCAAAAUGCCCCUCUAACUUCCCUCAAGUCCUACUCUGGAAAUGAGCCAAUCAGCAGGCAGCAUUGUGACAUCACCACGCAUCAGCCAAUGGCUGCUCUCCAGGGCUGGGCCCUUGGCCUCCUGGGACCACCGCCCUCCAUUGAUAAGGAGAAGCCACCUUCUCCUGCAGAGCCCCCAACCCUCAGGGCAGCUGUCAGAGCAUGGAUCCCUCCUGAUUCUGCUCUCGGCCUGAUGUUCCUCACGGUCAAGCAGCUCCUGGGCCGGAGAUGCAGCCUAAAGGUGUCAGGGCAAGAGAGUGUGGCCAUGCUGAAGAAGCUGGUGUCAGAGCGGCUGCAGGUGCCCGAGGAGCAGCAGCACCUGCUCUUCCGCGGCCAGCUUUUGGCGGAUGAUAAGCGCCUCUCCGACUACUGCAUCGGGCCCAAUUCCUCCAUCAAUGUCAUCAUGAGGCCCUUGGAGAAGACAGAGCCUAAGGAGGCCCACCAGUCCCAGCCCCUGUGGCACCAUCUGGGCCAGGUCCUAGCCAAACACUUCAGGCCCCCGGAUGCCCAGGCUGUGCUGCAGCUGCUGAGACAGGAGCACGAGGAGCGCCUGCAGAGGAUAAGCCUGGGGCACCUGGAGCAGCUGGCACAGUAUCUCCUGACCAAGGAGCCGCUAGUGGAGCCCACUGGGGAGAGGGAGCCUGAGGCUCAGAGCUCCCAAAACAAGGAGGAGGAGGUGGUGGAGGAGGAGGAGGAGGAGGAAGAGGGGGAAGAGGUUGAUCAGUAAACCGACCAUCCUACUCAUUUGCACACUCGAAUUCGCCCAGCCUCAUCCUUAAGGGUUCCCUGGUGACUCCCCACUAGAUCCUGCUGAUGUAGCUGCAUCUUCACCCCUCUUUGAAAUUUCAAAGCAGGCAUUCCUGUCGUGACUUAGUGGUAACAAACCCGACUAGUAUCCAUGGGGACCCAGGUUCGAUCCCUGCCCUCGCUCAGUGGGUUAAGGAUCGGGCAUUGCCUGUGAGCUUUCAGCUCAGAUCUUGGUGUUGCACCUGUGGCGAGCAGCUGUAGCUCUGGUUUGACCCCUAGCCUGGAAUUUCCAUAUGCUGUGGGUGCAGCCCCAAAGUGUCCCCCCAAGAAACAAAAACAAUAGAAAAAGAAAUUUCAAAGCAGCUGGAUGGAUUCUGGUCCCCUCUGCCCUCUCUCGGGCCUGUGGUUUCCCCUCUGAAAAGCAGAAUGUUUCUAUCUGCAUCCCCUAGAAGGGGUUCUGAUCACCCCAGGGGAAGCCUGAAUGGGCCAUCAAUGGCUGCCUCCCAUCAUACGCUGGGCACUGCCUCCUGGGGUGGGCAGCUUUGCCCCCAGAAGCUCAGGCUGUCAGCCCACCUCCAGACUCUGAGUCUCCAUGGCUCUAGACAGGCCCUCUUUCUCCUGGGGAACAGAAAGGCAGACCAUGUGAGUGCACUUCUGUCCCCGUGGCACCCACCCUCAGCCCCCCGACAUCCAAAGGGAGAGGGACGCUGGCCCCUGCCCACUGGGUGAGGCUGUCCCUGCUGUCUGCCUGCUUGUGCUUCCACAGCUCAAGGGACAGGGACAGCGGAGGUAGGAGUCAGGGGUAAGCACCUACUGUGUGCCAGGCCGGGAGCUCUCAGGGAGACACACACACAGACCAGGAAGAGCAGGAAGCUGAUAGGCAGAAAAGGUGGUUUGCAUUGUCACAUGUGAACUCCCCCUGUGCCACUCCCUGCCCCAAGUCUCACCAAUCACCAGAUCUCAUUGAGUCCCCCUUUCCUGCCCAGCACGGCCCAGGCUCCUUGGGAGCAAAAUGGUACCAGCCGGACCCUUGCCCUCACAGAUCGUGCAGCCUAGAUGGAGAGAGUGGGCAUACACGUGACAAGUAAAACAGCACCACAAAACCGGAGCACAGCCCGUAUGACUGAAGUGCCCAGGUGCCAGUCACCAGCUCGAGGGACCCUGGGCUUAGUGUGCAACGGCCAGUCUCCACAGACUACAGGAAAACCAGGCCUCCUCCUCUAGUUUCUUUUUUUUUUUUUCUUUUUUGGGGCCACAUUGGCUGCAUAUGGAAGUUCCCAGGUUGGGG